CUCAGCAACUCGGGUGAACAGCGGCCAAAAAGACGUGGAUGCUUCUUGAAGUGAAGAGUCAUCUUACAGUUUGUACUCACCAGAUAACGUUGAGUGGACUUGGGAGUAAAAAGAGCUAACAUGGAGAAGAUCAGUGACUAUAUUUUCAAGUAUAAGAACUUCAACUUUGCUCUCGGUCGUACAACUCCCGAGCACAUCGACUCCCUUGAGAGCUUUGAGGUAAAAGACAGCGACGCGUUCCUCGUCACUUAUCCAAAGUCAGGCACUAUAUGGACUCAGCAGAUCAUCAUUUCCAUCUACGAGCAGUACGGGCAUCCGAAUGAAUGUUCAACCAACAUAGAGAGGAUGCCGUGGCUGGAGUACAAGACAGCUGAAUACACUCUUCUUCCCUCUCCACGGCUCUUCUCCUCGCAUCUCCCCGAGUAUCUCAUGCCUCCAGCAGUGAAGGAGAAGAAGUCAAAGGUCGUGUAUGUGAUGAGGAAUCCGAAGGACAACAUAGUGUCUUAUUAUCACUUCACCAAAGGACACAAGGACACGGAGACCCCCGAGAGCUUCGAGCAGUUUUUUGAGUGGUACAUGACGGGAAGAGUAACGGCAUCAUCCUGGUUUGACCACAUCAGGGGGUGGUAUUCAGGCAGAGACCAGUACAACAUCCUCAUCCUGACCUACGAGGACAUGAUUAUGGACCUGAAGGGAGUGGUGAAGAAGCUCUGCAGUUUCUUGGGGAAAAAUCUGACUGAAGCAGCCAUCGAUCAAGUCGUGGAAAAAUCCAAGUUUGAUACCAUGAAGAACAACCCGAAAGCAAAUUAUCAACACUUUCCACCAGAGUGGUUCAAUGGAAAAUUCCUGCGCAAAGGUCAGAUUGGAGACUGGAAGGACACACUGACUGUUGCACAGAGUGAAAGAGUCGAUCGAGUCUUUCAGGAGAAACUUGGUGAUUUGUCUUUGAAGUUCAUCUGGGAAUAAACAGAGCAGCCACAGCAGCUCU